AUGAAGCUCAUCUACGUAGCGGUCCUGGCGUUGUGCGUCUGCGCAUCCGCGAGAGUGACAAACAGACAGCAGUCGGUGCCUAUUUCACCGCAAAUCACUUCGCUUAAUGACAAGGAUGCAAGAGAAAAAGCCAGAGUACACCCAGCUUUUGCCAAUGCAGGCCAACGGGCUGGUGUUGAAGUGUGGAGAAUCAAUAACUUCGAGCCGACUGUCGUCUCUCAGAAUGAUUUCGGAAAGUUCUACAAAGGCGAUUCAUACAUCAUCUUGAAGACUACAGCAGAUAAGAAAAACAAUUUGUCAUGGGAUAUACACUACUGGAUCGGGAGCCAGGCGACUCAGGACGAAUCUGGCGCGGCGGCCAUCUUGACUGUCGGUUUGGAUGACAAGUUCGACGGGAAGGCUGUGCAGCACAGAGAACCCAUGGGUCAGGAGAGUCAGCAGUUCAAGGGAUAUUUCCCAACUGGAAUACGUUACGUGGAUGGCGGUAACCCAUCAGGCUUUACCCACGUAGUCACCAAUCCUGGAUCGGAAAAGAAAAUGUAUCAAGCCAAAGGAAAAAGAAAUGUUCGCGUACGGCAGGUAGACCCCUUAUUCUCGUCCAUGAACAAGGGCGACUGCUUCAUUCUGGAGAAAGACAAUGAUAUAUUGGUAUUCGUCGGUGAUAAAGCCAAAAAUGUGGAGAAGCUGAAGGCUAUAUCCAUGGCCAACCAGAUCAGGGACGAGGAUCACCACGGAAGAGGAAAAGUUGACAUUAUUGACAAAUACUCAAGUGAUGUGGACGUUCAAAAGUUUUUUACAACCCUCGGAUCCGGCAGUAAGGACCUCGUGCCCGAGGAAAGCGCUGGUGGCGACGAUCAGGCUUUCGAAAAGAACGAAGAAAACGUAGCGACGCUCUCGGAAGUGUCUGACAGCACGGGCUCUGUCAAAGUCAAAGCUUUACAGAAGCCAUACACACAGGCACAACUAAAACCCCAGGAGACAUACAUAUUGGACACAGUUAGCGGCAGUAUUUACGUCUGGCUGGGAAAGCAGGCUUCACCUAAGGAAAAAACAGAAGUUAUGACAAAAGCUCAGCAAUUAUUGGCUUCGAAGAACUAUCCGUCAUGGGUACAAGUGGUAAAAAUUCCCCAAGGCACGGAACCAGCUAUUUUCAAACAAUACUUCACCACUUGGCGUGAUACUGGAAUGUCGCAUUCACGUUUAGUGCGAUCAGUCGGUAACGAAAACGCCAAGAACAAUUUAUAUGAAGUGAACAUAGUCAACCACAAUUCUAUAAGUUUUGAAAAAAUACCAGAAUACAACCAAGGAGCUUUAUUAGACACGGAAGUUUUUGUUCUGCAAAUGGCGAACGAUGUUUACAUCUGGAUUGGGAAAGAAGCUGAUUUGUAUAAAAGAAAAUUAAUCACGAAUAUUGCAAAGGCGUUUAUCGGUGAAAUAGGCAAUUCUAUACAAGACGUUGUGCCUGUCAAACAAGGCAUGGAGCCGCCACAGUUUAUAAAUGCUUUUAGGAACUGGGACUCUGAUAUGUGGCUAAAAAUAAGGCGUUACCAAGAAGAAAGAGAAAUGGUGCUUCGGAAUAACGAAAUUGGAAAUUUUCAAUUUUACGAAUUUAUUAAUAACUAA